UCCCGAGGAGUGUCUUGGGGCAGCUCUCCGCUCUCAGGACUCCUCUGCAGCACGGGGAAUCGUCGGGCAGUGGGCGGGAGAGCCCGGCUCCGGCAUCAGUGAAGCGGGCGGCGGCGGUGACAGGGGCCGGACUCGGGCCAAGGUAACCGGAGCAACCGGGAGCGCCGCCCUCGCACGAUCAGCGUGUGCCGCUCCGGCCGGGGACUGGCAGUCAGGGGUCGGGAGGAUGCCCCGGCAGUCUUGAAGAGAAAGCAAUGUAGCUACAAGACCGACCCCGGGCAGCACCGACGAGGUGAGCAAUACGUGUGGGAGGGGCGCUGGAGGAGCCCGGCAGGGCUGAACUGAUAAGCAACCUGGACCAUGGCGACUUACAACCUCACCGACUACGAGCGUACGGAAGCUUGGCUCGAUGACAAUUCAGACUUUGCACAUUCAUACUUCGUUCGGAAGGCCACCAGGGAAAUGGUCAAUGCAUGGUUCGCAGAGAGAGUACACACUUCGAAUGAAACUGCGAGGGAUUUGAACUUAGUGCAUAAUUUGGCCCGAUCGGAGAUUGCAAUCCCAGGAACUCCUACCAGAAAAAUCUCAGCUUCCGAAUUUGACAGACCCCUCAGACCCAUUCUUGUUAAAGACUCUGAAGGGUCUUUAACGUUUGUCUUUGAUUCAGACAGGAAAGAUCAGAUGCCGUUGAAAGUCCGUAAACCUGCGUGUGAGGCCCCACCAGUCGAUGACCAGUGCUCCAGACUUUUAGAGCUCGUCAGAGACAUUUCCAGCCAUUUGGAUGUCACAACACUCUGUCACAAAAUCUUUCUGCACAUUAAUGAAGUGAUCUCUGCAGACAGAUAUUCACUUUUCCUGGUGCACGAGGACAGCUCAAACGAAAAGUUUCUUGUGAGUAGGCUCUUUGAUGUUGCAGAAGGUUCCACUCCUGAAGAAGCUUCAACUAACUGCAUUCGCAUAGAAUGGAACAAAGGGAUUGUAGGAUAUGUAGCAGCUACAGGAGAACCACUGAAUAUUAAAGAUGCAUAUAAGGACCCUAGAUUCAAUGCAGAAGUUGACCAGAUCACAGGGUACAAGACACAGAGUAUUCUCUCCAUGCCAAUAAAGAACCAUAAAGGAGAGGUAGUUGGAGUUGCUCAGGCAAUCAACAAGAAAUGUGCAACUCAUGGAACAUUUACCAAAAAUGAUGAAAAGGAUUUUGCUGCCUAUUUGACGUUUUGUGGGAUUGUCCUCCACAAUGCCAAAGUGUAUGAGACUUCACGGCUUGAAAACAGACGCAAUCAGGUUCUACUUGAUCUCGCAACUCUGAUAUUUGAAGAGCAACAUUCCUUGGAAGUAAUUUUGAAGAAGAUUGCAGCAACUAUCCUUUCAUUCAUACAGGCUCAGAGCUGUACCAUAUUCAUUGUGGAUGACAAUUCUUCUGACUCAUUUUCCAAUGUCUUUCACAUGAAUUCAAUGGAGCUAGAUGAUCCAGCAGAGUUCCAGAGGAGCAGGAACUACAAUAUAAAUAAAAUCAACUAUAUGUUUGCAAAAUAUGCUAAAAACACAAUGGAAACAUUGAAUAUUACAGAUCUUAGCAAGGAUAAAAGGUUCAUGUGGACAAAUGAAAAUGCAGAAAGUACAAACAAGCAAAUAAAAAGCUUGCUCUGCACCCCAAUUAAAAAUGGAAAGAAGAAUAAAGUUAUAGGUGUCUGCCAGCUGGUGAACAAAAUAGGUGAAACUUUUGACAAAAUCAAGGCCUUCAACAAAAACGAUGAGCAGUUUUUGGAAGCAUUUGCCAUUUUUUGUGGCUUGGGCAUACAGAACACUCAAAUGUAUGAAACUGUUGAAAUGGCAAUGGCAAAACAGAUGGUGACCCUUGAGGUACUUUCAUAUCAUGCAUCUGCUACUGAAAAUGAAACUGAGGAGCUUCAGGUAACAGCGGUCAAGACAGUACCUUCUGCUCAUUCACUUAAGCUUCUAGAUUUUAGCUUCAGUGAUUUUGACUUGUCUGAAGUUGAGACAACAUUGGCUACCAUCCGGAUGUUCACAGACCUGAACUUUUUACAGAAUUUUCAGAUGAAGUAUGAGGUUCUUUGCCGUUGGAUUUUAACUGUUAAAAAAAACUAUCGAAGGCAUGUAGCAUAUCACAAUUGGAGGCAUGCAUUCAAUACCACUCAAUGUAUGUUUGCUGUGCUGAAGUCUGGCAGGAUUCAGAGCAAGUUAACAGAUCUAGAGAUUUUAGCUCUCAUCAUAGCAACACUAAGUCAUGAUCUGGACCACAGAGGUGUGAAUAAUGCUUUCAUAAAGAGGAGUGAACACCCUCUGGCUCAGCUCUACUGUCAUUCCAUGAUGGAACAUCAUCAUUUUGACCAGUGCGUCAUGAUACUCAACACUCCAGGAAACCAAAUUCUGAGCAGCCUUUCUCUAGAUGAAUAUAAAGCCACACUGAAAAUGGUUGAACAGGCAAUUCUAGCCACUGACCUGGCAGUCUACAUGAAGAGAAGAGAAGAAUUUUUUGAUCUGGUGAAAACUGAUCAAUUUAACUGGGAAGAUAAAAGUCAUAAAGAGCUAUUAAUGGCGAUGUUGAUGACAGCGUGUGAUGUGUCUGCAAUAACCAAACCUUGGCCUGUUCAACAAAAGACAGCUGAGCUUGUAGCAACAGAGUUUUUUCAACAAGGCGACAAAGAAAGGGAAGAGUUAAACAUCGAACCCAUUGAUUUAAUGAAUAGAGAAAAACGUGAUCAGAUCCCUAGCAUGCAGGUUGGAUUCAUCGAUGCAAUCUGUAUUGAACUAUAUGAGGCUCUGGCAACAAUUUCUGAAGCUUGUCUCCCUUUGCUUGAAGGCUGCAGAAGUAACCGAAGGAACUGGGAAAUGCUAGCAGCACAAAAUCUAUUGAAUGGAGAAAAGAAAUGACAUGCAGAGAUGAGAAAGCUGAAGUUUGGUGUGAAUUUGGAGUUAGAAAGUUCUGUAAAAGAGUAGUAAAUAUUUUCAGUACUCGUUACUAGUGGGGUUAUGUUCAAUUCCACUUUGAUAAGCUGUUCUUUUAAAUUUCAUUUUUAUCACGAAUACAGACCACAAAAUAAUCUCCAUCUGCUGAAUGUACCUGUUGUUUGCUGAUGAUAGUCAGGGAAUGAAAAGGCAAUCGUCUUUUUCAUCUUAAAGUAGCCAACUUACAACAUUGCCCUGAUAUGUUCAUGUAGCAAUCAUGUUAAUAAAACGUAGUUUAUAUUUAAAUGUGGAGGUCAAACAUACAGUAAGUGCACUGAUCAAUAUUAUUCAAAAACUCCAUGAUAAUCUGACACACAUUUGCACAUUGAUUAAUCACUUUUUAUAAGUAACUCUGGCUUAUUGAAGUUCAGUUACUUAAAGUGGUUUGAUUAUCAAGUUACUUCUUCACAUGCACAAAAUUUCUGUGAAGUUUUCACUGUGUACAUGAAUAUACAAUUGUUAUUGGAUGUUCAUCUUUAGUGAAUGAAAGUAGCAGCCUGGCCUAGAAUGUAUGAUUUCCCCAGAUAAGAGCACUUUUUCUUUAUUAAUUAUUUGGCUUCCAUUGAACAUAUUCACAUAUUAUUUAAGAAUACCAAGCUUUUGGUACACAAAAUUAUGUUUGUCUUUUGAUCUUGCAUGAUGGAAAAAUGAUGGUCUGGUUUUAUAAAAGUGUGUUGCCACAUUUGAUGGCAUUUUCAGUAGUUUUAUGUUGGGUAGCAUGUUAACAUUUUCAAGGUAUAUAUAUUUUAGUGUUUGCUGUGGGAAUGCAAGGCUGGAGCAAAAGAACAUAACGAUUUAUUUUGCAAUUUUGUAUAUUGUAACCAGUGAGAUUGUGAAGAUGUUUUUGCUCAGUGUCUACACAUAUUGUAUUUAGUUUAGUUAUAAACGCCAACUUAUGACAAAUGCCAAAAUAGUUGUAAUGCAAGUUAUUAAUACUGGUGCCAUGACUUUAUUCACAAACCAGACUACUUUCAAGUGUGGUUUCCCAUUGGGAACUUAAGAUUAGUGAUCUAACCAAUUCAUUUUAUAAACUCUGUCAAUUAAUCACUUGCUGUCCAUUGUAAGUCUUUAUAUACUUGAAAUAAUUAACUCAGUUCAAUGAUAAAGUUCACAUGAGCCCAGCCUCCUAAAGAAAUGUGAUAGUAUUGUGUGGGGUUAAAUUCCAGGCAACUUUUCAAAUUCAUUAUGGAUAAAGGCACCUUUACUCGUCAUUUUCCAGGGCAAGUCAAAGAUAUUGUUCGGUAUCAAAACCUAGGGACAGAGAGGAAUUAAUUAAAAUAAUUAAUUCAAUACACUCUUUUAUUUCAAAAUAUGAAGAAGAAAAUAAAAGGCAGACGUCACACCAGUUUUCAUAAACAAAUCAGUGUGAAUUACUACAGAUAAGGAAAAGUUUCUUCAGUUUAGGUAAAACAUCCAGAAUAAGAAUAGAUGGAUAGUGCAAUGAUUGUUUGCAGCACUCUGCUUGCUGAUACUCAAUGUGAUGUUAACCAAGAUGUAAAAUGCCUUGUAGCUUUUCCCAUUCUUAGUAGUCUGUCUUCUGUAGUAGGUAGAGAUCGUUCAAUAAAGAAGUUCCUAGAAUGGUAAUAUGAUAGUAUUAAGCUACCAUGUACAUAAUAUGGAAAUUAAUUCAGUUAUAAAUCAUAACCUAGAUAGCUCAUGGCUACUUACAAGUGUGUGAUUUAACACAACAGUUAGUAAAUAGCAACACUAAAGAGGUUCUUUCAGUUAUGCUGAAACAGCAGUAGUGAAUAAUAUCUAUAGAUUUAAUUCAUAAUUCUAAAAUUAUUCAUGGUUAAUGUUAUUCUAGAACCUUGUGACACAUUCCUCAACUAACUUGCUUCUUCAAGUUUUCCUGUAGAAUAUGGGUGAGGAAUGUCAUUUUAAAAUCUCCUUAAGUUGGUUCAUACAUUGAUUGAUCACUUUACUAAUUCAUGAAAUUUGAAGAAACAAUUAAUUCUCAAACUGUUGCUAAGAGGAAGGGAAUUCUUGAUUGCAGGUGCGACUCUGAGGGGAAGAUCGGCCAAAAAUUUUGGAAUGUUUCAUGAGGGCAUUCUGGUGAGAGUCUCAUAUGUGAUCAAACAGUGUGAUCAAUUUGUUGGAUAGUUUUAAAGGGGAAAUUUUAAAUAUAUCUGCUGGGCAAAUAUUACUUAUUUUCAUAUAUUACAUAUGUAGUACAAUAAGUUGUCGAACAGUUAUAUGGUUUCUGCAU